CCUUCCUCGUCCAGCAACUCCUCACAGAUUAAUCUCUCAGACACCUCAGAGGAAAAAAAAAGGGUAAAUUUUCCGAAGAUUUUACAUUUCGCAUCGUGAAAAAUGGUGACCGUCGAUCCGAAAGCCGCCGCCUCCGCCCACCAGUUCACCGUCGUCAUCGACGGCGUCGAGACGGCCGUCCACGAGGGCGUGCUCCGGUGCAGCGGCGGCGGCACGGUGGCCGUGGUCGCGCCGGGCGUCCUCGAGGUCACCCGCCUCCAGCACGUCGUGGUCUGCGGCGGCGGCGGCGGCGACGUCCGCUUCGCGCGGUGCGGGUACGCGGCCGCCGAGGGCUGCGCCGUGGCGUCGUUCCGCCGCUGCGGCGCGGUGCGCGUGGACGGCGCCCGCGGCGUGGCCGUGCGCCGGUGCCGGUCCGCCGACGUGGAGCGCGCGGGCGCCGUGGCCAUCCGCCGCUGCGCGGGCGCCGCGCGCGUCCGCGGCGCCGGGGAGCUGCGCGUGGGGCGGUGCCGGGAGGCCGACGUGGGCGGGUGCGCCGACGCGGCCGUGGCGCGCUGCCGCACGGCGCGCGCCGACGGGUGCGGCGCGCUCGCCUUGGGCCGCUGCGGCUCCGCCGACGUCACCCGCUGCGGCGCCGUGCGCGUCGACCGCUGCCGCGACGCCAGCGUGUCUGGGUGCGGCGCCGUCGCGGUGCGCCGCGGAAAGGUGAGCGUGGUCGAGGCGCUGAAGCCCGUGUCGCCGCCGGUGUACCAGCAGGCAAAGCCUGUCCUGGCACCGCCGGUGGAAAUCAUGAGCAAGUGAACCGAGGGAGCUCUGCAUGAGUGAUGCCGUCGCACGGCCAGCUACCAUGCUCGUAUCAGUAUUUGUGUGAUGAUGGGGACGGGGACCGGAUAUAUAUGAAGAACUAUUUGGUUUGAGUGGGUGUUCUUCAUUUUAAUGUAAACACCUUGCCUAUGUGUGCGUAUACAUUGUAACAAUAAUAAGUCUAAAAAAUACUAUCACCAUUCUCUAAUAUAUGACAUUGACUAGUUCAUUUUUAAGCUACAAA